AGUUUUAACCAGUCCAACUUCAAGUCUUUGUUUCAACUGGUACUACUACUGCUUCCUCAAACGUUGUUUCAUUUCGCGUUCUUUUCAACGCGCCCCUCUUCUUUCGUUUCUCUUGCUCAAGCCCCCAACAAUUCUUGAUGCUGGUUGUUGCUUAAUUAUUAAGCUAGAUUCUUAGAACAAAUUCUUUGAUUUAAUUGAUUAUUUUUGAAGAUCUGAGCUUUUGGAUACUUUAGUUACUGCUCCGAUCAAUUGAAACAAAGAAGUGGGCUCGGAAGCUAUGGCGACUAUGGAGAGCUUGAUUGGUUUGGUGAACAGGAUUCAAAGGGCUUGUACUGCCCUUGGUGACUACGGAGGCGGCGAUAAUGCUUUCUCUUCUCUCUGGGACGCUCUUCCCUCUGUUGCCGUCGUCGGUGGCCAGAGUUCUGGAAAGUCAUCUGUUUUGGAAAGUAUUGUGGGCAGGGAUUUUCUUCCUCGAGGAUCUGGUAUUGUUACAAGGCGACCUUUGGUUCUGCAACUACAGAAGACAGAGGAUGGACAGCAGGAGUAUGCUGAAUUUGGGCAUUUGCCACGCAGACGGUUUACUGAUUUUUCUGUGGUUCGCAAGGAAAUUCAGGAUGAAACUGAUAGAAUUACAGGGAAGACAAAGCAAAUUUCUCCUGUUCCAAUCCACCUAAGUAUCUAUUCCCCAUAUGUUGUCAACCUUACUCUGAUUGAUCUACCCGGUUUGACGAAAGUUGCAAUUGAGGGGCAACCUGAAAGUAUAGUACAAGACAUAGAGAACAUGGUUCGAACAUAUGUUGAAAAGCCUAACUGCGUCAUCCUGGCUAUAUCUCCUGCCAAUCAAGAUAUAGCAACAUCAGACGCUAUAAAACUUGCAAGGGAGGUGGACCCGCAAGGUGAGCGGACAUUUGGGGUGUUGACAAAGCUUGAUUUGAUGGAUAAAGGAACCAAUGCAUUGGAUGUUCUUGAGGGAAGAUCUUACCGCUUACAACAACCUUGGGUGGGUAUUGUAAACCGAUCACAAGCUGAUAUCAACAAAAAUGUGGAUAUGAUUGCAGCAAGAAGAAGGGAGCGUGAAUAUUUUGCUACAAGUCCUGAUUAUGGGCAUCUGGCCAGUAAAAUGGGUUCUGAAUAUCUUGCAAAACUUCUUUCAAGGCAUCUGGAGUCUGUAAUCAAGGCAAGAAUACCAAGCAUCACGUCAUUGAUUAAUAAAAGCAUUGAGGAACUUGAAUCUGAGAUGGACCACCUUGGCAGGCCCAUAGCUGUUGAUGCUGGGGCUCAGUUGUACACUAUCUUGGAACUUUGCCGUGCUUUUGACAAGAUAUUUAAGGAGCAUCUUGAGGGAGGCCGACCGGGAGGAGAUCAGAUUUACGGAGUUUUUGACAACAAGCUCCCUGCCGCAUUGAAAAAGCUGCCUUUUGACCGACAUCUAUCGAUACAAAAUGUUAGGAAAGUUGUCUCAGAGGCUGAUGGUUACCAACCACACUUGAUUGCCCCUGAGCAAGGUUAUCGACGGCUGAUUGAGGGAGCUUUAAACUAUUUCAGAGGCCCAGCUGAAGCUUCUGUGGAUGCUGUUCACUUUGUCCUCAAGGAACUUGUGAGGAGGUCAGUUGGAGAAUGCCAGGAGUUGAAACGAUUUCCAAGUUUGCAAUCCACAAUAGCUGCAGCAGCCAAUGAGGCGUUGGAGAGGUUCCGAGAGGAAAGCAAGAAGACUGUAGUCAGACUGGUGGACAUGGAAUCUUCGUACUUGACCGUGGAUUUCUUCAGGAGACUUCCUCAGGAAGUGGAAAAGGCAGGUAAUGUAGCUGGGGCUAAUGCAGCUGCUGCCACAAAUAUCGAUCGCUAUGCGGAAGGUCAUUUUAGGAGGAUUGGAUCAAAUGUAUCAUCUUACAUCAGUAUGGUGUCCGAGACACUCAAGAAUACUAUUCCAAAGGCUGUGGUUUAUUGUCAAGUUAAAGAGGCAAAGCAAUGUUUGUUAAAUCACUUCUACACACAAAUUGGAAAGAGAGAGGGUAAGCAGCUUGCGGAUUUAUUGGAUGAAGAUCCAGCAUUGAUGGAGAGGAGAGUGGAAUGUGCAAAAAGGCUUGAAUUGUACAAGAAAGCCAGGGAUGAAAUUGAUUCUGUGGCAUGGGCUAGAUGAUGACGAGAGCGAUGAUGCAUGUUGGAGAUGUUUUGUGAUAUAAUACAACUGGAUGCGCGGUUCAGACUACUGAUUGUUGGGUCAUUUGAGAGCUGAUAAUUCUUUUUGGUGGAACAAUUUAUUCCUAGACUAUGGUUUGCUGGAUUAUUAGUAGGUUUUGUUUGUUUUACCAUGUUACCUACAUUAGUGUGAAUACAAGCUGGUAUUCCACAUCUGCUUGUGGGAUCUGUAGUCUUGCUUUCUUUGAACUACUUUCGGUAUAUAUGUUAUGGUUUGAAUUACUCAAAAGAAAAGUAUGAAAGAAAUUGCUUGACAUAUCUAUAAUGAUCGAAAACAACUUA